GAGCAUCGAAAACCCUUUCAAGUCAGUGGGAGGAGCAUUAGGUUGAGUAAACAUUGGGUUGCAUCCGAUGAUCUUUUGGCUGUUUACUGCCGGAUACUGAAGAUGCAGAAUAACACUUACUUCAUAACGAACAGGUCAUCAUCAGAGAGGUCAAAUGGAACUUUAUCCGGUGAGGAAUUACCACAAGGAAUGAAAGUAAAUUACCAGGUCAUCAGUGAGGUGCUGCCUAUAGCAAUUGUUAUUGUUUUGACAAACAGCCUUGUUUUUUACUUGUUCGCCAAACGUAAAAGUCUUCGUACUCCAACCAACUGUCUUCUUCUGAGCUUGAGUUUGUGCGACUUCAUGACCGGGUUUAUAGCCAUCCCCUUAUUCAUAAUUAUGGGGAUAGGCAUGCAGGGUAUGCUAGACAUUAGCCUAGCAGCUUUAGUCCAGUUUGGUCUUUUUGUUUCACUUUCAACAAUGCAUUGGCUAUUUCAGCUGCUUACCAUAUUCUUCUCAUCACGCUUGAGCGAUAUUUCGCAAUCAUGAAACCGUUCGUCCAUCGUCAGCUGACCAAGAAAUCCAUGAUGAAAAUUGCGCUGGUCGUUUGGUUAACUUCAGUGGUCAUUGGUUAUAUGCCAUAUGCUUGGUUCUGGAAGAAGUUUAUAGAUCGAAUCAGUUACCAGAAGAUUCAGUUUGGUUAUAUAACAUUUUGUUUGACUUUUGUAUUCUUGGUUCCCUGCAUCUUAAUCGUAGUGUCUCAAGUGCGCAUGUUCAAGAUCAUAGCAGAACGUGGUAGGUGCGCCUUGACUAGGAGAGAAACCUCUCAGCAAAGAGCUAAACAAGAUAAAAAAUGUCUGACUAUUUUUGCCUUGAUGGCGUUUAUAUAUUUAGCCUGUUGGCUGCCGUGGUUUGUUCUAUCACUUUGCUUUUCCCUUUGGUUUCCAAAAAGCAAAGAAACCAACGCCAUUUUGGAUCAUUUAUCCCAAGUAUUCGGCAUUUUUCGUUUUGUAACUUCAGUUGUAAAUCCAGUCCUGUACACGUUUUUCAAAAGAGAUUUCCUUAAUGCUUUCAAAACGCUUGUUCUUAAGAAAAAGCCAGCUGUUCAGAACUCUAGAGUAACAACUCAAAAGCGAACUCUA